AUGCUGGCACGACAUCCCCGGAUUGGAGUCCACCGUUUUCUCUCCUCCACCAUUUCCUCUUCAUCGCCCAAGUGCAUCAUACCCUCAACGGCUUUUCACCGCGGAAGCUUUAACACGACCCCCGCGCUCAAGAUGUCUACCCAACCUGCCCACCCUGCCCUCCUCAUUCCUGGGCCCAUCGAAUUCGACGAUGCUGUGCUCCAGUCCAUGAGCCACUUCAGCGAGAGCCAUGUCGGCCCGGGUUUUGUCGCCGUCUUUGGCGAGACCCUGUCGCUGCUCCGCCAGCUCUUCCAGACCACCGAUUCCGCGGCCCAGCCUUUCGUCAUCUCCGGCUCGGGUACUCUGGGUUGGGACCUCGUCGCCGCCAACCUCGUCGAGGCGGGCGAGGAUGUUCUCGUCCUCCAGUCUGGCUACUUCAGCGACGGCUUCGCCGACUGCCUCACCACCUACGGCGCCAACGUGACCAAGGUCACCUCCGCUCCCGGCUCGCGACCCCAGCUCGACGAAAUCGAAAAGGCCCUCUCGGCUAAGCAGUACAAGCUCUUGACCGUCACGCACGUCGAUACUUCGACCGGUGUCUUGAGCGAGCUCAAGAAGCUCUCCGAGCUCGUGCACAAGGUCUCUCCCGAGACCCUCAUCAUCGUCGACGGCGUGUGCAGCGUCGCUUGCGAGGAGAUUGCCUUUGACGAGUGGAAGCUGGAUGGUGUCGUCACUGCCAGCCAGAAGGCCAUCGGCUGCCCCGCUGGUCUGAGCAUCUCCAUGUUCAGCGGCAAGGCCAUGGAGAGGUUCCAGAACAGGAAGACCCCUCCCGCCUCUUACUUUGCUUCUAUGAAGAACUGGACUCCUAAAGCCUUCCUACUUCGCCACGCCCUCCCCCAGCUCGUCCGCGCUCUCCACACCGCGCUCAACCAGAUUCUCACGAAGCCCAUUGCCGACCGAUUCGCGGCUCACCGCCAGGCUUCGGAUAAGAUCAAGCAGGCCGUCACUGCCCUUGGCUUGCAGCAAGUUGCCGGAAACCCCGACGAUCAGGCUCAUGGUAUGACCGCCAUGUACCUUCCCGACUCCGUCAAGUCCACCGAUCUUCUCCCCAUCCUUGGCAAGAAGGGCGUUGUGUUCGCUGGCGGCAUCCACAAGGAGAUUGCCACCAAGUACAUUCGAUUCGGCCACAUGGCUGGACCCUCCAGGACGGACAUCGAGAAGGCCCUCACUGCGCUCAAGGAGGGCCUUGCGGAGCUGGGCUACAGCAAGCCUUGA